AUGAAUCCAGUGAUGGGAUUCUGGGAGAAAUUGCGGAUAAAAUUGGAUCGUGUUCCAUCAACUCAAACAUCAACAUCAGAGAAUCAUAAAACAGAAACCAACACAACUCUACCUAACUGUACUACAACUCAUUCGACAAAUCCCGUUCCAACGCCAGUGACUGUGAAUGUCUAUGAUAUGUUGUGGAUAAAUGAUUACGUCAGUUCUCUUGGUAUUGGAGUUUAUCAUACAGGAGUUGUAGUUCAUGGAAUUGAAUAUUCAUAUGGUGGACAUCCAUUAACCAACUCGGGAGUAUUCUCUAUGUUACCAAGAGAUUCUGCUUAUUUAGGCGAAAAUUAUUCGUACAAAGUGACAUUGUCCAUGGGAUAUACAGAUUUUACAGCUUCCGACGUUCCUUUAUUACUGGAGAGUAUAACAACAGAUUAUCGUGGUGAUCAAUAUCAUUUAUUGAAUAAAAACUGUAAUCAUUUCUCCGAUACAUUUGUUCAGUUACUUUGUGGUCGAUCUUUACCUAAAUGGAUAAAUCGAUUGGCUACAAUUGGUUCCAAACUUCCAUUUAUUGAACGUACACUACCAGUUGAAUGGUUGAAACCACAUCAACAGAUUAAUAAUCAUACAAAUAAAAUAGAAAAAUAUGACAAUGAUAUAGAAUGUAUAGAACAAUCAAAUCAUUUAAAUAUACAGACUACUUCAUUGCCUAAUAUCCGAAGAAUUAGUACUAUAGAACGUUUACAAAAUUGUGUACAUCGUUUACAUAAAGGAAAUAUACAUAAACGUGAACAAAAUCAUCAUCAUCAUCAUCCUCAUCAUUUAAUAAAUUCUAUAAAAUCUGAUACAUAUUCAUUAAUUGAUAUUCCAUUGAAUGAAAAAACACAAAUAGAUUAUAGUUUAUAUUUAUAUUUAACACAAUAUAAAACAUUUUCUAAAUCUAAUUCUAAUGAUGGAUACAAUAAAAAAAUAAAUCCUUCUGUUACUAUGACAAAUAAUACAUUGAAUAUGAAUAAAAAUCAUUGUAUUCAUCAUCAAUUUUCUAAUGAUUUAUUAACAAAUAGAAUUAUAUCAUUUCAUGGUAUUUCAUUACCAUCAUUAUCAUUAAAUCAUAUUGAUAACACUUGUAAAUCUAUAAAACGAUCUCAAUCUAUUGCAUUUGAUCAUAUCUAUCAAAAUAGAUAAAAAUGAUUAUUGAAAAAGAAAAGUAAAUUUGUUUUAUCUUUCAUAGAAACUUAUAAAUUAUUCUUAUUCUCAGGAAAUUAAUUUUACAGAUUCAUAGUGAUUUUUUUUUUCAUUGAUUCUAAUUGGUUUUGUAUUAAUUGACACAAUUUAACUCAAAAUUUAAUUGAUAUAAAUUGAUGGUUUAUUUUUCACUUUUCUUUUCUUUUUUUUUCUCUCGUAUUUUCUUCUUUACGAUAUUGAUUGAUUGUAUUGUUAUAUUGUGUAGAUCUACCAUUUCAUACAUUUCAUACACAAAGAAUGAAGGUUUUAAUUGUUUGAUGAUGAGACUAUGAUUGAUGGACGACGUUGGAGUAACGUUAAAGUGACCUUAAGAGAGUGUUCCCCUAAUAACUAGGACCAAAUGAUGGUUAUAAUCCAAUGUGUGGAAUUAGAAUUAUGAUUUACAUUUGAUGGUUAAGGUUUGGGAUCCGAUUUACAGUUUUCAUGCCAAAAUCUAAGACUUUUUAUUGUUAUACCUCAUUAGUUCGUUCAUAAAUUAUAGUCUCGUCAAUUGUUUGUAUUUUUUACUAUUUACUAUCGAAUAUUUGUUUAAACAGAAAAACGCAUAUACACACAUAAUACAUAUACAUGACGAUUGUUAACCUUCAGUUGUUUUGUUUUUUCUCUAAUAAGAAAACAAAUAGAACUAUAAAUUGUAUUUUAGGUAUUUUCUAAAAGAAAAGAAGAAGAAGAAGAAGAGCUUUACAUAUAUUCAUAACAAGUAAAU